AGGGAUGACCUGAGAAUGAAUGUCAACCAGCAACCUCACAUGGCCUCUCCUUACGGGCAGCCUCAGCCUGGGUAUCAGGGUUACCCCCAGCCUGGAUAUGGGGGUGGCCACGUGCCAUCGGGAUAUCCGGCUCAGUACGCACCUUAUAAUGGGCCGGGCACUGCCUACCAACAAGGUCCACCACCACAAGGAUGUUCUCCUUAUGCAAGCUUUCCCUCUAAGACUCUCGCAACAAACUUAAUCUCUGACCUGUCCUCCUCCUCUCCUCUUGACCUAGGUGUGAGAGGACCUCCCACCUCAGGGGCACCACCUGUCUCAGGUGCCCAGAGCUAUUCUCAGUUUGGGCAAGGAGAAACUCAGAAUGGACCACCUCCAAUGGGUGCUCCACCACAGAGCCCUCCAGUGUCUCAACCUUACACUCCAGGUGCAGUGAAUCUGUCUGGUCCUCAGCCCCUCUACAGCCAGCAGUUUGGAGCUCCAACUGUCAGCAUGCAGCAUAUGACCAAUCAGAUGGCCAGCAUGCAGGUUGGCUCAACUGCACCUUCCCCUGCAGGCCAAGGCUAUGCCCCUCCCUCUAUGUCCCAGGCCGCUAUGUCUGCUCCCUACACACCUGCAGCUCCUCCUACUUUCCCAACCACUUCCAAUGCUCCCUCACAGCCUCCGCCUACUGAAGCUGUAGCUCAGCCUCCUCCACAGUCCUACUAUGGAGCUCCACCACCUGCCCAACAGCUUUUCCCAAAUGCUGUCCCACCUUUCUCCUCCACUGGCCCCACUCAGCCCCAAGCUCCACCACCUGUUUCUCCACAGUCCUUCCCUCAAGCUCCGCCUGUCUCUCAGCCUCCUUUUUCCACAGCCCAGGCGCCUCCAGGUCCCACUCAGUCAUACGGAGGCCCACUUCCUCCAACACAGCCAUCUUUCUCGAGACCACUGCUUCCCACCUCCCAGCCCUCCACAUUCCCUGCAGGUCCACCACCCACCUCGACUCCAUCUCAGCGUCCAGGGAUCAUGCAGCCCCAACCACCAGUUUCCCAACCCUCACCUUACCACUCAGGUCCCCCUCCAACCUCUACUGGUUUUCCACCACAAGUUGGUGCUCCACCAAGGCCUCCUUUUGCUGGAAUGCAGGGCCCUCCUAUGGCAUCUCAAGG